UGAUAAAGGCUGGGUUGAAAAAGCUGUUGAUGAUCUAAAUAAAGGGCUCAGCAACUGAAGAACCAGUGAUCUGACCAUCUCAUGACACCAACAAUGAAGGUGUUUGUUGUGGCUCUGCUCUCUGUUUUCAUGGCGUCUGUUGUUUGUGGAUCCAAACCAUUUGACUGCUCUGCUGUCUAUAAAUCAGGACAAACAGUCAGUGGGAUUUACUCCAUCUAUCCAGCAGGAGACAUUCCUGUCUGGGUUUACUGUGAGAUGAUCUCAGGUGGGAAAGAUGAAGACAACGGAGCAUGGACGGUGAUUCAGAGGAGAAUGGACGGUAGUGUGAAUUUCUAUCAGCCGUGGAAACAGUACAAGACUGGAUUCGGAACCACAGAGGGCGAAUACUGGCUGGGGCUGGAGAACAUGUACCAGCUGACACGUAAGAACAAGUACAUGCUGAGAGUGGAUCUGGAGGACUUCACCGGAAGGAAAGGUUACGCUCUGUACUCGUCCUUCUCUGUGGGUCCUGAAGAUGAUGGAUACAAACUACAAGUUUCAGGAUUCAAAGAUGGAGGAGCAGGCGACUCAUUAUCUUUUCAUGAUGGACAGGAGUUCACAACAUUAGACAAAGACCAAGACAACAAUCACAACAACUGUGCAAAACUUAGUCUUGGGGCAUUUUGGUACAAAAACUGUAACACUGUGAACACAAACCCCAACGGUUUGUAUGUAUGGGGAGCAGACGACACCCAGAGGAGUAUAGUGAAUGUUUGGCCAGCAUGGAUGAAUCACAAUGUCGGUAUGAAAUCCAUCAGGAUGAAAAUCAAACCUGUGUCAUAG